AUGGCGCCGCGCGGGUCGAAGCCUUUCCAGCUUCUAGAGAUGAACAUAAUAUCGGGCCAGGAUCUGGAGCCCGCGUUCAGGAAGAUGAAGACAUACGCUCGGGCGUGGGUCAACCCAGCCCGCAAGCUCUCAUCAUGCAUUGACUCGAACGGCAACAACAACCCGACAUGGAACGAUAAGUUUGUGUUCAGGGUGGAUGACGAGUUCCUGCGUGAGGACACGUCGGCAGUCGUGAUCGAAAUCUACGCCACCCAUUGGCUGCGCGAUGUCCUUGUUGGCACCGUGCGCGUACUCGUAGCCAAUCUCAUACCGCCACCUGUCCUUACCCGUGGCCGAAACGGCAACCAUAUCGGCAUGCGGUUUGUUGCCCUUCAGGUACGUCGUCCAUCUGGGCGUCCGCAAGGGAUUCUAAACAUAGGCGUAGCCUUACUUGACGGCUCCAUGAGAAGCAUGCCUUUGUACAGCCAACUAAGUGCCUCAGCCGUCGGGUUCCGUGACCUGAUGCAGAACCCACCAAACCACCAAAAGAAAGAAUCCAAGAAAAACAACGACGACGGCAACAACAACAACAACAACAAUAACGUGAAGCCCAUACUCCUCCGAACAAGAAGUGAAAAAAGCGAACGAGUCACAUUCGACAACUACUCCCCCAACAGCUCAAUUGUGGCAAUCCCGUUAAAAUCCAAAAACAAAAACAAGAGAGGAGCCCCCAAAGAGAGCUCCAUACUAAGCAUCUCGGACGUCCAUCCCUUGCCCAAGAAAGGAAAAUCGAGCUCGGUCAUCAGUGGAGCCGAACAGAAGCCCAAAGGCGGAAAGCCGAGCUCGGUCGUUAGCGACAGUAAGGUCUCAUCCCGUUUGUACAAGAAAGGUGAGGGGGCGAAGGGGAACUCGGUCUCGGUAUGGUCAGACUCGGAGGUGGGCCCGUCACCUUCGGAGGUGGCCGCAAUGAUCGCGAGGUACCCACUGAAAAACGAGAAUGGGAGCUCGGUUCUGGACGGGUGGAGUGCGGACGAGAGUGUGGAGGGGCUGAGGUCGAAGCUGGAGAGGUGGCGGAUGGAGGUGCCGCCGCUGUACGACAACAACGGCUAUGGCUACUCGUCAAGGUCGUCGAGCCACUAUGGAGGAGGCCGCAGAAGGGGCAGCGAGGGAAGCGGCUUGUUUUCGUGCUUUGGCAACAUAUGUGGGUACGAGUGCCAGUGCGUGUGCGGUACAAGGAGCCAAGGGUACAUGGCCUCCUCGCUCGGGAGCCGCUCCUAUAUUUGA